AGCGAGAAGAUGUCAAAGAGUCCAAAAUCAUCAAGAGAAGUUAUCUUACAACUUAGUGGCUUAUCUUGUAAGAAAUUUCAAGAUCUUCAAAAUGGGCGCAGCCACUGUCGUAGAGAUCCUUAUUGCUAUCCUCUUGCCUCCUCUCGGCGUCUUUCUCAAGUUUGGUUGCAGCGUUGAGUUUUGGGUAUGUUUGAUAUUGACGCUGUUAGGUUAUAUUCCCGGGAUCAUCUACGCUGUUUAUGCCAUCACCAGGGAAUGAUUGUUCUUAGCUCUUCUGUUCUUUCCGUUUGGUCUCCUCGGGGAACAUGCUGCUUCAUCGUGUUAGCUCAUUGGGAGUGAUUCAUCAUUUAUUUUAUGUUAUCAGCAAUUAAUUAUCAUUGUUGUCCCUUUUUAUUAUUAUACAUAAUUUAUGUUGAUCGGGAAAAAAAAAUCUUUGGUUCA